AGUACGUAGCGCCCUCGUAGCCGUGGGCUAGUUUUCUAUAACCCAUUGAGUCCGCACCGUUUGGAUAUACCAAAUUUCCACGCUAGCUUCUCAACAUCCGGACAGAAAUAGUUGGUCAAGGUGGGUAUGGAGGAGUUGCAAGUAGGCAAGUUGUCCUGCAGGGGCAGGCAUUAGAAAUGGCCGAGGCGAAACCCGACGGGAAGAUACACCUGAAGGACGUUCCUGGGACUGGAUUACCCGGGCCAGAAGUCUUAUGGAAUAAAGUAUUGGAUCGUAUUAAGGACAAUGGAAUGGUCUGGUUUCCCGACUACGAGAUUCGCGCUGAAGGAAAGCGCAGGCUACCAGGAACAGAAAAGUCGUAUCUAUUACGUCUUGUGCCGAGCCCUAUUUGGAAAGAGUUGAGGAUUCUGAUAUUAGAGUCUAGCUCUACCCAGGUAAGACAAGGGUGGAGACUGUCUAUCCUGUUCUUCGACACUCAUAGUCAGCCGCCCCAGCGUCCGUAUCCUUAAGAGUCGACUGGGCUGAAUACACUGGGGUCGAUGAGGGAGAAGAUACCUGAAGAUACCUAAUAUGACUAACGUGAGGGAUACGGAGUUUGAAUUUAUUCGAGCC